AUGAGCUUGCCAGAUGCACAGCACCACAGACGGAACUCCUCCUUAGAGCGCCGAGAUCCCUAUUCGUCACCCUCUGUCUACUACGAUGAAGAUGCCGUAAGACGCCAAUUGCUGGGUGCCCGCAACAGAACUGUCUCGUCGUACAUCAAGCCUGCCCGGGCAACUCUCUUCGAGGCCACUAAUGGUGCUUAUCCCACUCGUCGGACCAGCCACGAUGAAUACUACCAACACCAUCAAGAACUCUUGGUGGAUGUUGAACGCACCCUGAAAGACCUGAUCACAAGAGAGGACAUUGACGGAAAUCAGCAGAUCACCAUCGAAGAUAAUGGCCCUAAGCACAUUGCCCUGGGGACCUUUGCCUCGGCAGGGUAUCGCACGACCGAAGUCCGGGGAAAUUACAUGAUCAGUAACCUCCUGCAAGAGUUGACACUGGCACAAGACCUGAACAAGAAGGUGGUCAAGAUACAUCGUUCUCGCCUUAGCGAGAAUCCUGUCGAUCGACUGUCGCGUCGAAUCAGAGAUGAAUUCUGGAACAACCUGACCAGAGCACUUGACCGUAACACAAUCGAGAAGGCUGGGAGAGAUCCAAAGGACUGGACAGACGAUCCGAGGCCACGUAUCUACAUUCCCCGUGCCUGCCCAGAACAGUUUGAGUACUACACUCAAAUCGUCCGGGAUCAACCAGAGAUGCGACUGGAUGUCUGCUGGUUACCAGAAGGUCCCAUCACCGCAGAAUACGUUCGCUCCCUCAACAAUGCUCCGGGAAUUCUGGCCUUGGCCAUGAGAAAAACAAUCAUUGAUGGAAAGGAGACUCUCAAAGGAGAACCCUUUAUCGUUCCUGGAGGUCGCUUCAAUGAAUUGUAUGGCUGGGACAGUUACAUGGAGUCCAUCGGUUUGAUCGAGAAUGGCAAGGUUGAAAUGGCCAAAUCCAUGGUCUUCAACUUCGCCUUUUGCAUUGAGCAUUAUGGCAAGAUUCUCAACGCCAAUCGUUCUUACUACCUCUCACGAUCCCAGCCACCCUUCUUGACGGACAUGGCUCUCAAAGUGUACGAGAAGAUCAAGCACGAAGUUGGAGCUUUAGAUUUCCUUCGAUUGGCCAUUCGGGCAGCAAUCAAGGAGUACUAUAAUGUCUGGAUGUCAGCUCCACGCCUGGAUCCCAUCACAAAUCUUUCUCGUUACCGCCCUGACGGCUUGGGUGUCCCGCCAGAGACAGAAUCCUCGCAUUUUCUUCAUAUCCUGACACCUUAUGCUGAAAAGCAUGGCAUGACUUUCGAAGAAUUUGUGCAAGCCUACAACAGUGACAAGAUUAAUGAACCAGAACUGGAUGAGUAUUUUCUUCACGAUCGUGCAGUUCGUGAAUCGGGACACGACACCUCGUAUCGCCUGGAGGGUUGUGCGGCCAAUCUUGCAACCAUUGAUCUCAACUCAUUGCUGUACAAAUAUGAAAUCGACAUUGCAUGGUGCAUUCGGCAAUAUUUCAAAGACCGAUUGGUUAUCCCACCCGAGUUCCAGACGGAUGCCAAUCGUAAAGAAGGUUACGAGACUUCGGCGACAUGGGAUCGACGGGCCAAAUUGCGAAAGGCCCGCAUCGACAAGUACAUGUGGAACGAGGCCAAGGGUAUGUACUUCGACUAUGACACGGUCAACAAAAAGCGCACUUCGUACGAAACGGCCACUACGUUCUGGGCCAUGUGGGCAGGCUGUGCCUCACCAAAACAAGCAGCCGCCCUCGUCCAUAAUGCGUUGCCCAAGUUUGAUUGCUUUGGAGGACUUGUGUCGGGCACUGAAGAAUCUCGUGGCCAAAUUGGUAUUGACAGACCCAACCGCCAAUGGGAUUAUCCAUUUGGCUGGGCCCCACAGCAGAUGCUUGCAUGGGGUGGCUUUAUCAAAUAUGGCUACAUUGAGGAGGCGCAACGCCUUGCCUACAAGUGGCUGUAUAUGGUGACCAAGGCAUUCGUUGACUUCAAUGGUGUUGUUGUGGAGAAGUACAAUGUAACUCGUGAGCUCGAUCCACACAAGGUCGAAGCUGAGUAUGGAAAUCAAGGGUCUGACUUCAAAGGAGUCCCUCGUGAAGGGUUUGGCUGGGUCAAUGCCAGCUAUGUGUAUGGAUUGUCUUUCCUUCCCAUGCAUAUGAAACGAGCGCUCGGAACAAUCACGCCUUAUGAAGUCUUUGCGCGGGCUACAGAGAUCAAACUUGGAGCAGACGAAACAAUUGAUGAGGGUCUAGAUGAAGCGAUCCCGGGAUCUGCCGACGAGGCUGCAGCGGUCUCUAGUUCUGAUGCGGAAAAAUGA